AUGUCUGACGGAGGCGCUCCCCGGCCCCCAGCUGGUGCAGCUCUCAUCUCAGCCCCCGGAGCCUCUGAACUGCCUCCUGAGUGGGUUUGGGGGAUGCCCCCCUCCCUGUCUGGACCUCACAGUGACCUGCCAAGUGAGGUCCCACCUGAGAAGCAAAGAGCUGUCCAUAUGGUGCCGCUGCCUCCCCCUCCCCCUCUAAGAAGCCGAGGAGGUGCCCUGCAGGCCUUCCUGCCAAGCACAGAGCCUCAGCCCUCACAGGCUGGCCCUGCAGUGGGUGGUCCAGGACCAGCCCACAGCUGUCCUCUCGGCCCCAAGAAGAGGACUCAGCCCCACGUGCCCUCCUUACUGGACACCGACGUGGAAGGCCAGAGCCGGGACCGCACGGCGCCUCUGUGCAGGAUGAGAGGCAGAGUGAGCCGACCGUCUCUGCACGAACUCGAGAAAGAAUUUCUGUCUUAA